GCUCGCCAGUCGCGCGGCGCACUGUGGCCCUGAUGCGCGCGCGCACGCCCCGCGGUCUUAUCAACGCGCGCGCUCUUUGUUUACUACCGCGAUCGUGCGUUCCAUUCACAUAUGCACACAAUGUCUCGCUAUAAAUAAAAAUAAACAGUGUGACGCGACCGGUUGAAUGGAUUGCUUGAAGGGCGCCUCCGGGAGAGGUCAGGAGAGACCGAUGGAAGGGGGGAAUGCCUUGGAGACCGCUCAGGAGAGCCGCGAGCGUUGGCGUAGCGUCUACAUCAUAUAUUUCACUAUGUUCCAAAUGUCUUUGGGAUUCAGUAUAGUUCUGACUGGAGUUUGGCCUUAUCUAGACAAGUUGGAGCCUGGUUCUAAGAAAGAGGUCCUAGGCUUGGCCGUCGGUGCCCAUCCUCUGGGACAACUGUUAUGUUCCCCUUUGCUAGGCCUGUGGGCCAACCGCGCUGGCAGUGCGCGGGCGCCGCUGCUUGCCUCUCUAGCAUUAUCGGUGCUGGCGAGUACUCUUUACGCCCAGCUACACUUGACGCGUCCACAUGCAACCUAUUGGAUGGUGUUAGCGAGAUUUUUGGUCGGCGUCAGCUCUGCAAACGUGGCAGUGGCGCGGUCUUACUUGUCAGCAGCCACUCUUGUGAGCGAGCGAACACGUGCUGUUGCAUCUGUAUCAUUAGCGCAAGUCCUCGGCUUCGUAGUUGGUCCAGCACUUCAAGCUGCUGUAGCACCAUUAGGCCCCGGAGACCACUACCCUCCUCCUGGGGAGUGGGGGCCUGUGCUCCGCUUAGAUAUGUUCACCGCUGCUGGUUGGACCAACGCAGUAUUGGGACUGGUCAACUUUGUGUUGCUGCUGCCUUGGUGCUUUAAAGAGCGGACCAUUGCUGCCCGUGAAGCUAUGGUUGCGCAGGGAAAAACCUCUGAGAAAGAAGCAUUAAAAUCCAUGAAGCCUGAUCUGAUAAGUAGUUGGACGUUGGUAGCCGCAUUUUUCGUGCUGGUGUUUAACUUUGUGUUGUUGGAGACUCUGGCGACUUCACUUACAAUGGACCAGUUCGCGUGGAAUAAGAAACAGGCGCUCGAAUAUAUGGGCGCGCUCAUGAGUGCUGGAGCAGUUCUAGCUUGUGUUACCUUCGCGCUCAUCACGCCACUAGCAAAGUUCUUCGAGGAGAGGGCAUUGCUCUUAUAUGGCGGUUUCCUGUUAACGGGCUUAGCAUCAGUACUAUGCAUUCCGUGGGGACCGGGUCCACCCCCGCUAGCACCUGCCAACGCGACAGAAGCGGGCGGCGGGUGUCCCGCGCUGCAACAACCCUGGUGUGAGGAGUCACGCGGAAUGUCCCUUACGCAGUUCCUACUGGCAUAUGGUUGCGUCUCCGUGGGGUACUCAUUAGGGGUAACUCUUAUACAGACGAUCUUCUCGAAGGUGUUGGGUCCUAGACCUCAGGGUGUGUGGAUGGGCGUGCUGACCGGCGCCGGGUGCGUGUCCCGCGCGCUGGGCCCCGUGUUCGUGGCGGCGGUGUACGCGCGCCGCGGGCCGGACGCCACGUUCGGCGUCACCGCCGCGCUCACGUUCGGCGCGCUGGUGGCGCUGCGCUGCGUGUACGCGCGCCUGCAGCCGCCGCCCGCGCCGCCCGGCCCCCGCCACGCGCACGAGCUCGGGCCCCUCGUCAACGGCGACCACAACGACGCGCCGCCUGCGACCGGCGACGCCGAGCAAGGAGUCGGCGACGGCGCCGGCGACGCGGUCAAGUGUUGAGAUAACUUUUUAUCGAUGAACGUAUAGGGUGAUGUGAAUGUGACAGUGCUUCGAUUGACGAUAGCUGAAAUCGUUUAGUUACAUUCUAUAUUAAAGACCUAUCUUCUGUAGAUUUCGAUUAUAUGAUUAGUUUUAGAUUAUAUGGUAAGUUUUAUGAAAGACUAAACGCUCGUGAUUUUGCUGUGAUCGUUUUGCUCAGUAUGACUAUAGUGAAGAAUGGGUUACUUAUAUGUGUUUAAAUUAAUAAUCUGGGUAGUAUUAUACUACCCAGUUUAAAAAAAUAUUUUUAAAAUAAAUUAUAUCCUCAUUUAUGUAUAUGUUAUAUUUAUAAAAAUCGAUAUUGAGAUA